AUGACCAUCACGCUAGAUGAUGUUUCAUGUCUUCUUCAUGUACCGAUUAGGGGCGAGCUGGUUGACCCCGAUGUUGUUGUCACUGAUUAUGAUGCUAUCCAUCUAGCUGUUGAGUUGUUUGGUGUUUCACUGAGUGAUGCAACUACGGAGGCUUCUACUGUUAGGGGUCCUUACUAUAAAUUGGAUUGGCUGAAGCAAAUUUUUGAGCAACAAAGAGCGGCAAAUAACUUUACGGGUGCUCUGAGAGCCUACAUGAUGUUGCUAUUAGGUUGUACUAUUCUUGCCGACAAGACUUUUACUCUUGUCGAGGCAAAAUAUCUACCAUUGUUUAGAGAUUUGAGUACUUGUGGAAGAUAUUGCUGGGGGGCAGCUGCACUGGGGUAUUGGGAUAAAUGUAAGGGUACGAGUAUAAUUUUCUUUUCCGAGUUGCAGCGCCUCCAAUUUACAAGUUAUAUUUUUGCAAUUCCUUAUUUUAUUUAA